AAAGAUAGGGAAUGGAGAGGGAAAACAGUGUGAUGUGUGUGCUGUGAAUUCAAAGCUGGGUGGGUCUACACUGUUUCACAUUCCCAAAUAACUCCCGGGCCGUGUGAUAAAAGCGCUUUCAGAAGGCCACAAUGUUGGUGCUGGCUGGAAUCAUUGUUCUGCACAUUACAACCAUCAUCCUGCUUUUGGUGGCCACCAUUGAUAAUGCCUGGUGGAUCACUGAUUCUGUGUCAACUGAUUUGUGGGGAAGGUGGGAGUUGACCAAGUCGGUGUGGCACUACACAAACCUGGAAAACUACCCUGAGGAAUAUCUCCAGACUGUGCAGGCCACCUCUGUACUGGCCUGUAUUUUUGCCAUCCUGGCCUUGUUCGUGUUUGUGGCCCAGCUUUUCACACUGCCCAAAGGCCAGAGGUUCACCUUCACUGGCAUUUUACAGCUAAUCGCCUGCUUGUGUAUAAUGAUAGCAGCCUCCAUCUACACAGCUGAGCUUCAUGCCAAUGAAACACUGGGCGGGUAUGGACACUCCUAUGUCCUGGCCUGGAUUUCUUUUGUCUUCACCUUCCUCCUAGCUGUUACCUACCUCAUCCUGCGGAAGAAGAGUGAGUGAGAGGAUAAGAGGAAUCAGGGCAGGGCUGGGUUUGUAUUCCUUUGACUGUGGGGAAACAAAGAAUAGGAUUUUAGGGCUGCAACUAAUGUUUAUUUUCAUAAUUGAAUGAUUUGCCAAUUGAUUGGUGUUUCCCAAACUUCAAAAUUAUUUUUGAUUUUUUUUUUCAAAUUUCCUGUUUUGUCCACAAAUCAAUCAGUUUACAAGAUUCGUUUGUUAUAUGAAGCAGAAAAAGCAAACAAUCUUAAAGCUUGUUUUCAUUAUUAAAACCCCCCACAUAUAGUUGACAAUAUCGUCAGUCGAUUAGUCAUCAAGUAAUUGUUGCAGCCCUACAAAAUGCAUUUUUAAAAAUCAAUGAUAUGCAUUCUAUGAUUAAAAAGAGCCAUUUGAUUCCAUUUUGAAUUUCGUGAACGCAAACAACUCACUCUGGCAGAGCAUGAAGGGCUGAACUUGAUGUGAACAAUUUUUGUUCAUUAAUUUCUAUUUACUAAAUUAAGAGGUAGUGUUUCAUUAAAGAGAAGAGUAGGGCAGUUUUGGGGUACAAAUUUUUGUGAUAUUUUUUUGUGCGGAUGCAAUUCAGUAAAUGAGUUAUUUCUGUUGUUUGUUUGUUUGAAGUUUGAUGUUGGUUUGAAGAACUCAGUCCACGCCCAUUAGUUUGACAUGUGGAUACAUUUCUUGGCGAGAAUGAUGAGGGGGUCAAUAUUAAACUCAACACAAUCUGUGUAUCAAGUAUGAAGUUACAUCCAAAAGCUGAAUCUAGCUUUGGUUCAAGACUGAAAACAGUGAAACAAGACGUUUGGCUCCGUCUAAGCGUGACAAUCAGUGGACCAACCUCUAAACAAAAUGAAAAUUGUUUGAGAUUUAAGUUGACACAUUUUAUCUUGGUUAAGCGAACAAACAUAAAACAUAAGUGUUUUUGUGUGGAUAAGCAGUUAUCUUAUCCAAAUUUACAUUUGGAUAAGACUUUAUUUCUAUUUUUAAAUGUCUGUCCCAAGCUAAAUCAACCCUUAUGUACUGACAUAAGUGAAAUCAGUUCCCUCAUCUAACAACAAAAAGGCAUACAUUAUAUGUGUCCCCCAAAAUGUCAAACUACUGCUUUGGUAAGGGUAAUGUUCUCAUUAAAGGCCCUUUUGAGAUCUAGCAGUUGAGACUUUACUAUGAGAUCAAAGUACUUAUUGUUGUGUUUAAACACAUAGUGAGGCUGACAGCUACUACUGCAGGUUUCCAAGAGUCCAGGAAUGAAGAGAAAAACACACUGUAUCUGAGAAGGUACAGUGUGUUGGCAACAUUAAAACAUUCCUAGUGCAGAACUUGAACAAUUAGGAAAAACAAGCCUUAAUUCACAGUACAAUUAGAUUUAAUCAUGUAUCAUUAUUUUACAACUGAAGUAUAGUGUAUCCUUUUUUAUCUAUGCACAUUGUAACCAUUAUAUUUUUGUAACAUUUUGUAUGCAGUGUUUUGUUUUUUUAUCAUGUUUGAUUUUAUGUCUGUAGUUGGCUGCUAUCCUAUGAAAAGUACAUGAAAAUUGUACAAGUGAACAUAAAGUGAACCAGGGAUGGAGGACAAUGGUGUUUCAUUUCACCAAUCUUACAGAUUUAGACAAUAGAAGGUUUUGUUUGUAAUUACAUUGGAAUAAAGCCAUAUCAUUUAUUAAUAAAACAAAUAACUCUA